AUGGGCCCGAAAAGAGGUAAAAAGGGCACUCCGUGGCCAGAACCACGGUUUGCAGAUGACCCUGAUAUACGCGAAUACGUAGCUGCAGCCAUCAAAGAUCUCGAGGCACUGAAGAAGCACCAAGAAGCACUGGAGAUUGGCAUGCCCCGUGAGCUCUCGACUUCCGUGGUUGACGCGUUCUUAUACCUGGCUCGAAGGGUGAAGAAUACGCCUACGAAUGAGCAACUAGCGCAGCGGCUCGCGAAGGUCGAAUUACACGUGGAAAAGACGCAGAAAGAGCAACACGAACCGCCUGGUGGAGGCAAUAUGCCACCCAACAUCCCCAGGGACACGUACCGCGAAAAAUUCUCCAAGUAUCGGAACUUGCAGUGCACUAGCACAAACUCAGUUAAGCUUAAUACUCAAAGAUAUCUUUAUAGUGGAAAUAUUGAUAUUGACUUUAAUUCUGCGCACUCUUCUAUCUACAUCUUGAGGGGAUUGUUGGACACUAUUUAUGCUUGA